AUGAAAUCAAAACCUUCAUCAAAUCCAACCACUCCAAAUCCCAACAACCCAUCAACCACAAGCUCAACUCAUUUAACAAUAGUCAUCAAACUAGGUACAUCAUCAAUCUUAUCAGAAACCAACUUAAAAUUAAGAUUAGGAUUAUUAUCAAACUUAGUAGAAGUUUGUAAUACAUUAAGAUGUUUGGGUCAUAAGAUCAUACUGGUUUCUUCUGGUGCUAUUGGUAUGGGAAUGAGAAGAAUGAAAUCUUUAAAUCAUCUUGAAUCAAAUCCAAAUCAAAAAGAAAAAGAAAAAUGGUCAAAAAAACCUAAAGCUUUAAAUGAAAAACAAGCUUUAGCUGCUAUUGGUCAAGGUCAUUUGAUUGGACUUUGGGAUAGUCUAUUCAGUAAACUAAAUCAACCGAUUGCACAAAUUUUAUUAACCAGAAGUGAUUUAGCAGAUAGAUCAAGAUAUUUGAAUGCGACUUCAACAAUCACGACUUUACUAAACAAUGGAGUGAUACCGAUCAUCAACGAAAACGAUACACUUUCGAUCACUGAAAUCAAAUUUGGUGAUAACGAUACUCUUUCAGCUGUGACAGCUGGAAUGUGUAAAGCCGAUUAUUUGUUUUUAAUGACUGAUGUAGAUUGUUUGUUUACUGAAAAUCCAAGAAACAAUCCUCAGGCUCAAAUCGUUAGAGUCGUACAUGAUAUUGAAGGUGUAAGACAAUUAGUUUCAACUACUACACUUGGUUCUUCUUUAGGAACAGGUGGAAUGGAAACCAAAUUGAUUGCAGCCGAAUUAGCCACUCUAGCCGGAGUGUCUACGAUCAUCUGUAAUUCGUUAAAACCAGAAAUGAUACCCCAGAUCAUUUCGAAUUUACAAUCUAAUCAAUCAAGUUGGUUUGAUUCGGAUGGGAUCCCACUUCAAUCACCUGCCAUCUUAACUUCUCCCAACGAACUUACCAAACCAUACUCGAAUGAUGAACCGAUCUAUACUGUCUUCUUACCGGUCAGAAGUCCUUUAACUGAUCGAAAGUUUUGGGUAGCUUAUGGAUUAGCACCUAAAGGAUCAGUGGUCAUAGACGAAGGAGCCUUUAAAGCUCUUAGUCGUCAAUCCAAUGGUGGAAGACUCUUACCGGUCGGAUUACAUCAAGUCUUGGGAAACUUUUCGGUCGGUCAAGCUGUGAAGAUCUUGAUUCCUAGAGAGUUUACAAACCAUUUGAAAUCGAACGAGAAAGAGAUCGUUAAGGAUCCUUUGCAAUCUGAUCGGCUUAAGGAAUUCGUGGGCAAGGAAGAACAACUUGGGGUGGAUUUUUUGGAAGUUGGAAGAGGUUUGGCUAAUUAUAAUUCGAUUGAAAUGCAUAAAGUUAAAGGUUUACAUAGUAAUGAGAUUGAAAAUGUUUUAGAUCAUAUUGAUUCUGAACAUGUGAUUGAGUCAAUCGUGAUGAUGAAACUUUAUAAACCAUGA